CACAGCUUUCUAACUAUUUUCUACUACGCAUCUUUUGAUGACAAUACGCAAAUAGUCAACGAUGGCAACACGAGAUGCAAUGUACUCGGAGGACGUGGUGCGCGUACGCAGCCUGUCUGUGCUCGAUGAAGGCGUGCACAAGCUGCCGCCCGAGACAGACAGGUCCGGCAACGUCGAAUACAAGACCAAGCUCGAGAAGAUAUCGCACACACCGGACCACACAUCUGGCGAACCCAGCUUUCAUGGAGGCAAGCUCGCUGAGGGAAACGGGCACGCAAUCUACAUAGUGGGUGUGCACGACGACGGAGAAGUGAUAGGCAUUACGCCGGAGGAGUUUGACAUUACCCUCGGAAUCAUCCAGAAGAUGGCCGAGCAGCUCGACAACGCGCGCAUAACAACGGUAAACCGCCGGGUUCUGGCCAACUCCCGCGUAGUCGCUGAGGUGCAUGUCACGCAGCGCAUCAGCAUGCGCCGCUCUGAGCUUCGGAAUAGCAGUGCUCGCUCGGUCACGUUUGGCUCUAUUGGUUUCGAUGCAGACGGGGUUUUGCUGAACUACACAAACAAUCGCUCAGCUGAGCAGAUAUUCCAGCGUGCACAGCACGUUGUGACGUUUAUUGACACGUGUGGAUACGCCAAGCACCUGAAGACGACGGCCAGUGCGGUCACCGGGUACUCGUCGCACGUGUUCUGCAUAGCUGUGCCGGCGGACGCGACCGAGAUCAGCGCUGCCACCCGCGAGUACCUGGCGAUUGCCGCAGUACUGGGAAUGCCGAUCAUCGUGGUUAUGACCAAGAUGGAUGCCGCCGUCAAGGCGAGCUUUGGCAGGCUGAUGCACAAGCUGCUGGAAGCCCUGGAGACCGCAGUGCCGGGCCGCAGCCAGUGCGUGGUCAUGAACAUGAGUACCGACGCAUAUGAGUCACUUGCCCACGACAUCAUGGACAUCAGCCUGACCAAUGUGCUGUCAGUGCUGCGGGCACCGGCACUGGACAGCGCUGAUGACGGGUUCGAAUUCCAUAUCGAGCACUGGAUGUCGCUGGACACAGUCGGGACCGUGGUCACGGGCUGGGUCAAGGCGGGCUCUUUUGAGCUGCUAGACAAGGACCGGGUCCUGAUGCUGGGUCCAGACAGUUCUGGGAACUUCGCCAAUGUCAAACCAGCCGAGCCCCUGGCUAUGCGCAAGGGAAUGCUUAUUAUAGAUGCCGGCGACGGUGUUGCCAGCGCUCGACGGCGAGUGACCAACGAGUUUGUCGCCCGCGUUGUCGUGCUGAGCCCCGAGUUCAGAGCUAGCAACCUGCAGACCGUUGUUGUGCAUGUCAGAUCGACGUAUCAUCAGGCGCACGUUGUUGAGAUCGUGGAUGACGAUGCCGCUGACGGAUUCGAAUGGGUCAGGAUCAGACUCCGGUUCGAUGACGCUGUGGUUGAUACCGUGUACCCCGACAUGCCGAUCAUUGCGCGCGGCGGCCAGGACCUUUUGUUUGUUGGCCGUGCCAUAGCACCCAUGUAGGGUUCUUCUAGAAGUGUACAAUGACAAUAUAUUUUAAACUGGCU